ACUUCAUAGAUUACCUUUUUAAUUUUUUUUGUUUUUAUGGCAUACUUGAUCAGUAUUAAAACAAGAUCCAGAAGGCUGGUUAACAGUGUUCCUUCAUAGUUACAGCAGAUAUUCAUCUGGUAAAAUUUAACACAUGAAAAUGUAUUACAGUCUGUGGUGAAUGAAUAUCCUGCUUGUGUAAAUUCAGGGAAAAAUUACAGAGUCUAACUUGUCUGUGGUCAUUUGGGAAAACUCCAUUUAAAUAAGGUGCUCAUGUUAUUCUACAAAUAGAAAGUGUCUAUUUUGAUGGUAUGAUUUUGGGUUCCUCACAGCAGUGUUUAGUAGCACAACCUGCAAUGUUUAUUUUCUCAAACUAAGAAGGUAUCUACAUUUUUAUAUUAUACAUGUAUAAAAUUGUUUCUAACAUCUAUUGUAUGGUUUUAAAUGUUAAAUAAAUUCAAGAUUAAAGAAUUUAAAUGGGCAAAAUGACAUGGAAUGUGUCAUUUUAGAAAGUGAGGACAGUAACUGGGAAAGACCGAAAGCUUGGUUGGGUUGGGCUGCCAAAUCCUCUGCAUGGGAGGAGCCAAACGCUCAUUUCCCGUUUGUGGCCUGAUGCCCAGACAACACUGACUGAAUGAAAGUAUUGCAGUUCAGUAUUGGAGACAGACAUGUGGCACUGCAGUCUAUUCAAACUCAAACUUCAUCUGCCUACUGGCUCCCACGGAGUACUUUCUCAAAGUCAAAGUGAAUUAUAUGUUGAGUAACAUCUUAAUGUGAAUAAUUCGAAUGGGUUAGUUUCCAGUUUUGCUGUUGUGUAGCUGAGCAGCAUUAAAAUGAAGAUUGUAUCCAAACAGGAAUAUGUACCUAUUAAAUGUGUUCAAGAGCAGAAAUCUGCCCAAUAACUGGCAAGUCAGGUUGUGCCCAUGUGCUUCCUGAGGCCUCUACCCAAUUUUGUCUUGGUAUGUCUGCACAAUGAUGUAAGGAUGAGUCCCGCUUCCUUAGUAAGCAGAGCCCAGUGUCUCCCUUCUCUAUUCAGUGUAUGUACAUGUGAAUGUUUGAAUAGCCUGUUUGUGGUUUGUUUUUGUCAUUGUUAAUUGCAUGUUAAGCCAGCUACAUCCAUAUACAAUAACUACAGAGCCAUGCAGCAGAUAUGUUUUCAAUGCUACAGUAUGCACAAAAUAUAACCUGAAAUAAAUAUUUCACAAAAAUAUAACCUGAACUAAAAAUCAUUGUCAAAAGCCAUACAUAACUUUAAAUGGUAAGUUAUGGGGUGCUUUUCUCCAGAAAAGUACGUUUUCAUUGUAACGUUCUGCUAUUCAGCUUACUUUUCUGCCCGUCAGUGAAAUCUGUGGUACGAAUUGUUCAAAUCGGUUAUGUUACGUUCAACUGAUUAAUUCAAAAGAUCCGACUCAUUCACCAAUCGGACGUCGCCGAACUAAAGCAAAAAGUCCUCACGAAUCCUCCUUAACCGGCAGCCAAUCAAAUGCGAGAAAAUAUUGUGAACUGUGGCGAAGACCUACGCUGCUUCCUCCUCUUUCACGCCAAACUCACCAAGAUGGCGCCGAAAAGGCAGACUGUUGUGAAAAAGAAUAAAAAGGGUGUUUCCUGGAAGUUCACCCUUGAUUGUACUCACCCUGUGGAGGAUGGGAUCCUUGACUCUGCCAACUUUGAAACCUUUCUGAAAGAGAAGGUGAAUGUUAAUGGCAAAACUGGUAACUUGGGAAAUGUAGUGCAAAUUGUGCGUCAGAAGAACAAAAUCAGCUUCACAUCAGAGAAGCAGUUCUCUAAAAGGUAUCUUAAGUACCUCACAAAGAAGUACCUGAAGAAGAACAACCUGCGAGACUGGCUGAGGGUGGUGGCGUCGGAUAAGGAAAGCUGUGAGCUGCGCUACUUCCAGAUCAGUCAAGAUGAUGAAUCUGAUUCUGAUGAAUGAAAGUCUUGAAAUAUGUUUUGUUUGAGUGUAUAAAGGUCCUGUAUGAGCCGUCACAUCUUCAAAUGCAGGGCUGCAUGUUUUGAUAUCUGCUUGUAAAUAAAAUGAUACACAG